AUGUCUUUUCGCACGCGCCGCGGUGUGACUCCCCUAGUUCAAGCUUCCGGAGUUCCGAACACCCCUAGUCGCCUAGUUAACUCUAACCCUACGACCCCGGCCAUUGAAGCGAAGCGCAUAAAGCGUCCGCGGUAUAAUACUAAGGAGCGCGCUCGCAAGUGUAUCACCUACACCGGAAUAGGCAGAGUGUGUACUUGGUCGGAGGAUUCGAACGGGAAGGCCCUGCCGCGUUGCGAUGACUGCACUGAUCGAAACAAGAAGUACAGCGAUAUCCCCUUUUCCACCGAGAUCCUAGACCGUUACCUUGCCGCCCUGGCGGAUACGUCUCCUACUAUAGAUAUUGCCCCUGUUAAUGGGCCCCGUGCUGAUUUCCUAAAGGCUGUGAAGCGGCAUACCCAAGAGAGUAACCGCGCGGCUAAGGAUAGCAGCAAGGAGACUACCCUAGUUAUUAGUAGUAGCAGGGAUUCUCGUCGUCGUACCGGUUCACCUCGUUCGAUGGUUUCCGUAGUACGUGAUCGAUAA